UGUCAAGGUUAAGAAUAAUGUUCUGGUGUUGAAAUUCAACUGCGAAGAAAAUAAAACAAAGUUUUAUAGGAAUAUAUUAGUUCUGAGGAACACUGAAAGAUGUUCAGCAGAACAAAAUUGUCAUUUAAAAUUCUGACUGGAAUCUGUAGAUGCUCUCAGAGCCUUGCACAACCACUGCGAAGCAAAAAACCUAAAUCAACAAAGAACACAUUACAAAGCUUUAUAGAUUUGAAACAACUUCGAGUUUCUGGAGGAUCAGGCGGAGAUGGUUGCAUAUCCUUCAUGUCUAUUUUCCGCAAUGAAUUUGCUGGACCUGAUGGGGGCGAUGGUGGAAAUGGGGGUCAUGUCAUUUUUGAGGCGACAUAUGAUGUUAAGGAUUUGAAGAAUGUUCCUACCAUAGCCAAAGCAACCGACGGAAUCAGGGGUGCUAAUAAAGACUGCCACGGCAGAAACGCAGACCAUUAUAUCAUCAAAGUACCAGUCGGAACGAUAAUAAGGAAUGCUAAAGGAACCGUUGUAGGAGAUUUGUCGAAGGAAGGACUGAUGUUCAUUGCUGCUAGAGGAGGCGCCGGAGGCAGAGGAAAUCACUUUUUUACCACUGCCACUGAACAAGCUCCAAAUAUUUGCGAGUACGGUGCUCAAGGAGAAGACUUAGAGUAUACCAUGGAAAUUAGGAGCAUGGCACACGUUGGCUUGAUAGGAUUUCCAAAUGCAGGUAAAAGCACCCUGCUCAGAGCAAUUUCAAGAGCUAGGCCUAAGGUAGCUCCUUAUCCCUUCACAACACUGAAACCGCAUCUAGGGAUGGUCCAGUAUGAUGAUUAUGAACAAAUAGCAGUUGCCGAUCUUCCUGGGUUAAUUCCAGACUCACACAAAAACAAAGGGUUAGGAAUACAAUUCUUGAGGCACGCUGAGAGAUGUAUGGCUCUUAUAUACAUCAUCGAUAUUUCCUGUUCUGAACCGUGGGAGAAUCUCCAAACUCUACAGUUUGAAUUGUCUCAAUUCAACGAAGACCUCAUAGCAAGGCCCCAACUGGUGAUCGCUAAUAAAAUAGAUUUACCGGAUACUGAAGAGAACAUUACGAAGCUGAAAGAACAUACAGACUUACCUGUUAUUCCUGUCAGUGCCAAAGUGGGGACAAAUGUAUUAGAGUUAUUGAAAGAAAUUAGGAUUAUAUAUAAUGAGUAUAAAGAAGCGAAAGAAGUAAAUGGAGAUUGAGUUUG